UAAAUAAAAAAUGAGCGGAUUAAAAAAAGAGAAGAUCCCCAAAAUGGAAUUACCUAAUGAGCCAAAAUUUGAGGAGGAAGAGAUUAUUGAGUUGGAAGUGGAAAAGGAAAAAGAAAUAAUCAAUAAAGCAAAAUCCCCUACCUCAAAAGUAGCUAAUGGGAAGAUUCAGAAGAAUAAUGGGAUAAAUCCGCGUAUUCUGUGGAAACUUGUGCGCAUCAAGGAAACCCCGCGGAUAGAAAUUAGAAUUUGCAAGAAAUGUGCCAAUGCGCUUUAUAACGAUAAAAAUAAAUUUACUCAGAAGGAAAAUGGGAAUAUUGGAAUUUGCUUUGAGAUUUGCGAAGCAUGCGCGAAAUUGAAUAUACAACUCAAGGACUUUGUUGCUGAAUGGGAUGAGAAGAAUUUGCAGAACUUGAAAAAGUGA